GAGCUGCUUCAGCAACAGCAUUUAUGCUCUGUGCCUCAAUCUGUAGAGAAUUCUCGCACAUUUUGAAGGAACGCACUAUUACUUGAGCUCAUGGGUUGAAGGGACUAUAGCCUGCCCGAAUGAAUGUUCGCAGUGAAGCGCAGAAGUCGCAGCGAAGAGGGAGCAUGUCAAGUAGGCCAUCUGUCAGAUUUUGCUGAAUUCCGACAUCGUCGUAGAAAUGGUAUCAACAGUAUAUACUGUAAACGUGUUUUUCUUUCUGUUGGUCAUGGUGGAAACAAAAUUCUUCAAGUUUGAAGAUUGUGGCCAAGAAGAGAGUGUUUUCAGAGUAUCUGCAUUUACCAUAGAUCCAGAUCCAGUGGACAUGACGAAGAAUAUGAGCAUCUCCGCCCAAGGUGUCCUGUUCAGAGACAUACCUCCUUCGGCGGUUUUAGAAACACGCUACUAUCGUUUGCGAAAGGUACUUGGAAUGCAAGUCGAAAUCCCUAUUCCCUGUAUCUUCGGAAGAUUCGGUUCUUGCACUUUUCCUCUCUGCGAGUAUCUUAAACGAUUCAAAUCUGCAUCCUGUCAGUUUUAUCCACCAGAGCGUCCUUGCGACUGUCCGGUCAAAGCUGGUAUUUAUGGGGGACAGGACGUAGAAGUACCCUUUGGAGACACAUCUAUUUUAACAAGGUUUAUCACUAAGGGCAAGUAUAGGACGGAGUUUCGCUUGAAGCAAAACGAAACAGAUGAAGAACUGGCCUGUUUUAAAAUACACACGGAACUAAAAUAAAGACUGUUUAGUG